AUGCAGUCGAGCGACACGAACAACCCGCGGGAGGAUAGCGUGUUCCAUCGUGUGAAGGCCGCUGUGCGCAAGGGUGCCGGGCCGCAGUCUGUCGUUGAGCUGCUGCGCCAGUUCCGCGAGCUCGAGGAGGAGCAGCAGCUGCGCGGCGAGACGGGCAUCAGUCACAGGCUCUUCGUUGGGCUCCUGCGCGACUUUGGUGUGCGGCUCCGCGACGACGAGACCGCCUACAUAUGUGCCGCCUUUGAUGACAAGCGCGACGGCUACAUCACGUCCAGCACCUUCGUCCGUCACUUCAUUGGGCUAAAUGCACGGCGCCACAAGGCGAUUCUGCGCGCGUGGGAGGUGCUGCCGAAGAAUGGACGUGGCGAAGUUGCGCAGGACGACAUGCACGACCGUUACAGCCUCAGCGGCACGCGUGGAGAUCUCAGCGCCACAUUUUCCUCCACCCCCGCCGACCAGCAGCGGCACAAGCAGGGUGAAAGCGGCGGCAAGGGGGUGAGCCUGGAGGAGUUCAUCGCGUUCUACGCCGCCGUGAGUGCAGAGAUACUGUGCGACGAGCAGUUUGAGCUGUUUCUGCUCCGCGAGUGGGACGCGGACGCGCCGACGCGGCCAACGAUGGCGGAGACGCAGCGCGAGUGGGGCCCCGACGGCGACCCGCUAGCCAUCACGAAGCCGCUCUUUGUGCAGGACGCGCUGAACAUGGCGCUUGGCACCUCCUCGCGGAAUUACAACUACUCGCACAUGCAGCGCGUGCACCCGUACGUGGAGCCGCUGCCGCCGCUGGAGCGCGACUACUUGAGCGUGACGAAGUGUGACUUCCGCCCGUACGUUGCGGGCGAGCGCGUCGCUGCCAACACGCUCCGUCACCGGUGA